AUGGCACCCCUUGGCCUCAAGGCCCUCGCCGUGGCCGCCUUCGCCGGCUUGGCCCCGCUCGUCGCGGCCAUUGGCCAAAAGCAAAUCAUCGCUUUCGAGAGCUCCGAAGGCGCCUUCCAGAUCGCUGGCAAGGAUAUCGGCGCCGGCCAGAUCCGCGUCUCCGAGGAUGAGUACUGGGGCGUGAUCCGCGCUGCUGGCGAUCUCGCCCUCGACUUUGGCCGUGUCACCGGCACCAACUACACCCUUAGCAACGGCGAGUCUGGCGCCUCCCCUGCGGAAUACAAGUUUAAGCCGGCUGAUGUGUCGGAUAACACGGUUUACAACCUUCUAGACGAGGAGUCCUUCCCCGGCCCCGCAUACGCCGAUCCGGAGGCCGCAAAGACCGUCGAUGGCAAGAUCGAUGUUUCCGAUAUUGAGGGUGAGUGGGAGGCUUUCGUCAGCGUGCUUGUCGACGAGCCCAUCGAGGGUGUUGCUCAAGCCCUCGUCAUUGCUGGCGCCGACCCUCGAGGUACCAUUUUCGGCAUCUACGACGUCAGCGAGCAGAUUGGUGUGAGCCCUUGGUACUUCUGGGCCGACGUCCCCACCAAGAAGCACCAGGAUAUCUAUGUCCUCUCCGAAGGCAAGGUCCAGGGUUCUCCGUCUGUCAAGUACCGAGGCUUCUUCUUGAACGAUGAGCAGCCUGGUCUCUCUAACUGGGUUGGAAGCAACUUCCCUGAUGCCUGGAACGGCGCAGCUGGCUACACCCAUGAGUUCUACAGCCUGGUCUGCGAGCUGCUCCUCCGUCUCCGCGCCAACUACUUCUGGCCUACUCUCUGGGGAUCCAUCUACUACACUGAUGACAACAAGAACCAGCCCCUCGCCGAUGCCUACGAGGUUGUCCUCGGUUCUUCUCACACUGAGCCCAUGAUGCGUGGCCAGAACGAGUUCCGCACCUACUACGAGGGCCCCUGGGCGUACAACCUCAACAACAACACUAUUGACGACUACUUCCGGGUUGGUGCCCUUCGCGCUAAGCCCUACGCCAGGAACAGCUUGUUCACCAUGGCGAUGAGAGGAACCGGUGAUACCGAGAUUGAGGGUGGCCUCGGUCUCGGCGCCCUCCUCGAGAUGCUUGAGGAGCUCGUCAAGAACCAGCGUUCCGUCAUCGAGGAGGCCCUCGAGGUGGACGUCACCACCAUCCCCCAGACUUGGUGCCUGUACAAGGAGGUCCAGACCUACCAAGAAAAGGGUCUCCACGUCCCCGAGGACAUCACCCUCCUCUGGUCUGACGACAACUGGGGCAACGUCCGCCGUCUCCCGCUCGCCAACGAGACCGACCGCUCGGGUGGUGCGGGUGUGUACUACCACUUCGAUUAUGUCGGCGACCCGCGCGACUACAAGUGGAUCAACACAAUCCAGCUCCACAAGACGGCCGAGCAAAUGCACCUUGCCAAGUCCCGCGGCGCCGACCGCAUCUGGAUCGUCAACGUCGGUGAUCUCAAGCCCCUCGAGAUCCCCAUCAGCCACUACCUCGAUCUCGCCUAUGAUACCGACAAGUGGCACAUCGACAGCGCCUCCGAGUGGCUCGAGGCCUGGGCUACCCGCGAGUUCAACGCCGAAGUUGCCAAGGACAUUGCCAACAUCAUGACCCGCUACGGCCUCUACGCCGCCCGCCGCAAGUACGAGCUCCUCGAGCCCCACGUUUACAGUGUCAUCAACUACUACGAGGCCGAGUCCGUCCUCGCUCAGUGGGCCGAGCUCCGCCGCGACGCGCAGUCCGUGUAUGAUAGGCUCGAUGCCGAAUUCCAGCCCGCCUACUUCCAGAUGAUUCUCCACCCCGUUCGUGGCGGAGAGAUUGUCCACAAGAUCAACAUCGUUGCCGCUCGCAACGCCCUGUACGCUGGGCAGAAGAGGAACUCUGCCAACGACUUGAUCACCUACAACGUUGACCUCCUCCUUGCUGAUGCCAAUCUUACCCAGGAGUGGGACGAGCUCCUCGACGGAAAGUGGGCGCACAUGCUGGAUCAAACCCACAUCAACUACGAGGGAUACUGGCAACAGCCCAUGCGUAACACCCUUCCCGCUAUGUCCUACGUCCAGACCACUGUCAACUCUCUGGCCGGCCACGUCGGCGUCGGUGUUGAGGGUUCCAACGCCACCGUUCCCGGUGACGACCAGUGGCACGGCAACAGCGGCAGGGAUCUCACCCUCCCUCCCCUCGAGCCUUACGGUGCCUCUUCCCGCUACUUUGAUGUCUUCUGGCGCGGCACUGAUACCUGCGAGUGGACCGCCUCUCCCGAGGAGUCGUGGAUCAAGCUCUCCCAGAGCACCGGUACCGUCGGUGCCGAUGGUGGCGAGGAUAGCCGCGUUCUCGUCUCGAUCGACUGGGAUAGCGUACCCGAGGAUUUCACCUCCAAGACCCUCUACAUCAACAUCACCACUCCCUGCCGCCACUUUGAAAAGUACGCCUACCAAGAGCCCCGCGUCCUCGUCCCCGUCAACAAGAGGGCCGCUCCCCCUUCAGGCUUCGAGGGCUUCGUCGAGUCCGACGGCGUCGUCUCCAUCGAGGGCGAGCACUACCAGGCCAUCGUCCCCGGCACCUCGGACAACGAGGACUUGACCUACCACACGUUCAAGAACUACGGCCGUACUUCGUCCGCCGUCGGUAUCGUCCCCUACGGAAUCGAAAAGCUCGAGCUCGGCGAGGGCCCCGCGCUCGAGUACAACCUCUACCUCUACACCAACACCACCGCCAACGGCGCCGAGAGCCCCGAGCCCAAGCUCGUCCGCCCCGUGAGCAAGACCGAGGGCACGCAGAUGCCCAACCAGUGGGGCCACUCCGUCUCCGACAGCGUCUGGGGUCUCCGCUCCAACGUGACCACCUCUCCCUUCACCGUCGAAAAGGAGGGCGAGUACGUUCUCCGCAUCUGGGCUCUCCUCCCCAGCAUCCUCGUCCAGAAGAUCGUCAUCAACCUCGGCGGCAUCAGGCCCUCGAACGGAACCACGUUCCGCGAUGCCCCCAACACCGUCGGCGGCUUCGGUAGUGCCCUCGCCGCCGAGGAGGAGAAUGCCGCUUCCACCGUCACCGGUGCUUCGUGGAUGGUCGCGGCUGUUGCCGCUGCUGCCUGGUUGGCCCUCUAA